CCCCUCUCCUCAUCAUCUUACACAUCCCGCAACUACUAGCUCCAACUCGUUCUCCCUCUCUCUUCUCUGUCUCUCUCUCUUUCUCUCUCAUUCAUUCUCGCCCCCUCUCUUUCCUCCUCACUCCCUUCUUCGCACUUAAAGUAUCCACCACGGAGCGGCUUGCCAUCAACAACACUUGAUCCACCUGCACAAAUUCCCCGCGGCCCUCGUCACUCCGCGCCACUCGACAUCCAUCUUCCGCGACUUGGCCUGACACAACUACCAAACGCUCUCCUUAGAAAGCAUCGCACGCCGAGAUGGACCACCUCCGACCCGGCCACGGGGCGCACCGGUCUUCAUCAGACCGCUUGCUCAGCAACUACCUUGAGUCACAGAAGCUGUUCACCACCUCGCUUUUAGCCUUGCUCUCGCAGUCGCACUCGUCCACUUCCUCCCUCCUCGCCUAUGUCACCUCGUCUCCGGGCGUUCUCCUCUCCGUGCGCCGCGCAGUGCGCCAUUCGGCUUUCGAGGGCCCGCUCUCGCCCUCCAUGCUUGAGAAUCCCGAAGCACAUAUGCUGGGCGCAGAACAUGAGCCCCCAACUCCUGGGUGGGCAGGCUACAUUCGCGGCCUCGACGACUUCCGCAAGGACCUCAAGCAGAUCCACCUGCUCGAAGAGGAGAUGACGCGAGUCAAGCGCGACAAGGAGAUUCUCGUCAGCCGCCUCAUCAGGCAAACCAAGACGCGGCCGACAAAGUCAGACCUCAAGGAGAUGGCAAAGCACCUCAGCGCCGAGCAGAUGCGCGAGUACGAGACCAUGUCGUCGCGCGCCUCGAGCCUCUCGCUGGCGUCGGACAUGACGGGUGUGACAGCUGGACCAGGGGGCAAGGAGAGCCGCCGUGCGACCAAGCUCAAGGAGGCGCAGGCCGAGCUUCUCGGGUGCGAGGAGCACUUGCGAGCGCUCGAGGUGAAGAUCGAGGACGAACGUAACAACGUCAUGUACCGCGGCCUCGAAGAACGUUUCCGCGCCAUGGAGAUUGUGUCUCAGAUGUGGCUCAACCAGGCGCGUCAGGGCCUCGAGGACCUCGAGAAGCUGCCGGGGCGCGCGAACGGUGUCGCCAACGCGAACAACUUCGAACUCGAGUCCAACGGGUCCCUGGCUCCGUCGCAGUCUGCGUCGCAGGUGGGUUACGACGAGUCUGGCCAGUCACUGGGCCCUGCGGCCAAUGUCUCACCUCGCCGACAGAUGCAGCAGCGCCACAUGCAGCCGAUGGUCGGUCCGGGUAGCAUAACAUCGGUGCGGGAGGAGAACGAGGGCAGCUCGGAUGACGAACCAGGGCAGGGCACGCUGGUCAUGCACGAGAAUGUCCGCCGGCCAGCAUCGCAGAGCCAGCCCCUCGCCUCCGCCCCUCCGAUGAGGGACUUCAACCCACCGGGGGGACGGCGAGCGACAUCCGAGCUUGGGCAGCCGUCGCGGUACGCACGCCAGCAGUCUCCGCCGCUGCGGCGCGCCAUGUCAAGCGAAAUGGUGCGCCCGCACCGUGCCGGUUCUGACUCGUCGUCGGAGCGGACAGUGACGAAGCGCAAGGGCUUCUUCGCUUCAAUCGCGAGGUUCUUCAAGGGCUCAAAGCAUCACGAUCACAGUCGUCGUCAUGGGCGCUCUACGUCGGGGAGUGCCUGGGGCAAGGACGCGCGCCCUGCGCAGCAGUACGGCAGACGCGUUCGCUCCGACUCGAGCUCGGACGAGGACAACAUGGGAAACCUCGUCAGCGUGUCCAACUCGAUGAGAGGCGGUGGCAGCGCGAAUUUUGCGGGAUGGAAUGCCGCUGAUGUCGGCAAGGUCCCGAUGAAGUCGGCAUCAGUGAAGCGGACGUCGAGCACACCGCGUGCCCGUCCUGCCUCUGCUGCUGCGCAUUCCUCGCCGAGAGCUGCCGCCGCCUCCAAGGCGAGCACGGUCACUCCACGCCCACGACCGGCCUCGGCGGCAGGCCGCGCGCAGACUACAGCAACGUCUACCACUGUCACGCGCUCUAACACAGUCAAGUCAGCUCCCGGCGGAACGAAGCGCGCCUCGACCAUAACUGCCCGCUCGCGUUCGACACAACCUGGCCAGUCCAUCAUGUCCAUCGUCGACGCCCCACCGCCCGCCAUGCCCGAUGUGCCCAAGGCACCCCAGUCCCAGCAGGGUCCGAUGGAGCUCGUCAAGGCGCCGGGAUCAUCACUUGCUCCUGGCCUCGUCCUCCCGUCCCAGGUCAUGCACCACCCGCGGCCGAGCACGCAGCACCGCGCCGAGGAUGACGAGCUUGGCCCCAACGAUUCGAUCUCGCGUGCCAACUCGACCAAGAAGAAGCCGGCGCGCCCGCCCAAGUCGGUUGAGCGCCGCAAGUCGCUGUCGGAUAAGAAAGAAACGUCUGAGAAACCUGUGCUUCGGGAGAAGGAGCAGAAGCGCUCUGUCUCGCCUCUCCCGCCGUCCAAGAUGCGCUCGCCGCCGCUGAAGAGCGCGCUGCGCCCGACAUCGCCUUCGUCAUACCCCUCGCAGCCGCUCGGCCCGCCGCCCGAAAUCACGACGCUCUACGAUGUGCAUGCUCCUGGCCCUGUACAGCUUCCGCCUGACCCCGAGCCAGAGCGUGCCCCGUCGACGCGCAGCAGCCGGCGGAUGGGGUCUACGGACGAGGCGUCGAUCUACGAGUCGGCGAAUGAGGACGCAGCGACGCCCCGCGCCUCUAUGACUCUGGAUGAUAGCAGCGACGAUGAGAGUGUUGACGCAGGCGCGUUCCAGAUAAUCAAUAACGAGCGCAUCAACCCGGAAGACAAGGACAAGUCCAACGCGCCCCUUCCUCCACUGCCCGAGGACGGGCUGCAGCGUCGCAAGAGCGUAAGACUUGAGGUGCCCGACCGCGAGAACGUGGCCGAGUACUACCAAGCCGAGGCGGAGCGCGAGGCCGAAGAGCGGAACGUGGCGCACGAGCGCGAGCUCGAGAAGGAGCGUGCGCGGAUGUACCUCGUGGCUGCGAACGCUAAUGCGUCGGACGACUCGCUGCCAACGCAGCGCAGCACCUGGGACACGCGGAUUGGGCGGAUGCGCGACGACACGAGUGACGACGACGACGAUGACCCGCGCUAUGUCAAGGCGCGCAGGAGCCUUAUGUCGCACACGGGCGACUUCAAGGCUAAGAAGGACAAGAAGCGCCUCAGCACCAAGAGUACGGGGAGCAAGCGCAGGAGCUGGCGGUCUUAGAUGUCGAUUAUACACAUGUAGAAUAAUAAUGUGCAUGUACAUGCAGCAGCGC